GUUUAUUGUUCAGUGCAUUUUGGUCUCGUUGCAUUACAACGGCACUACGGUACACAAUCUGAAUUGACUAAGAGCAUCCAAUCUACCAUGAUGCUUGCAUCUUCUUUUSUACAUUUUUUCGCAGCUUCAGGACUAUGCUUCUUGUCGACAGAAGCAUUUGCCCCAGCAGCUACAAAGAUCCAASAGUGCACUCGUACGCGAUCGCUGCUGCUUCACCCUCCGUCCGCGUGUAGCCCCCUGAAUUUGGUUCCGUCCUCUCGAGAGGUCAGAAAUYGUUUUGGUACGAGCAAGGCGAAUACGCAAAAGGCAUUGAGACGACGAGCCUCCGAUGAUAACAAUGAAGAUGAAUGCGAUUCUACUGAUUCGCGUCGUCCCAAGGUGGACGAUCUUGUUCAAUUGGUGUCUCUCCGAAUGCGCCGCGUAGCAUUUUUGUCUUGGUGGACCCAGGUGAUAUUAACGGUUGUCUCUUCGGUGACGCUUCUGUUCACCCGAAAUGUUCUCAAUAUUGAAACGGGCCCGGUUGGGUUCGGGGCUAAUCCGGUUAACCGAGCUCUUCUUCCGAACUACUUUUUGGCCGGAUCGAGCAUCGUGCUGUCGUUUGGAUCUAUCUUUUGGACUUGGGCGACGCGUCGGCUCUCGAGGAGGCUUUUGCGAAAACCAACAUCUCGCAUCCAGGCCGCGAACAUGUUGCGCAAGAGCAUAACGGUAGGCACCAGCUUGAAUCUCAUGGGCAUGRCAGUGGCACUCAUGGGUGCCGAACAAAUCGUUGGCGGUUUGGCUAUUAAGGUUUUGACAACGUCRACUAGUGCGUCAGCYGUAUAUCAAGCAGGCCAAGCGGUGAAUCUUCUGCAGCCCCUCGACAUACUGGUCGUGCAGGCCAAUACCAACACGCUCUUUAGCCACUUUUGUAGUUCCGUUGCAUACUUGUUUCUUGCGCGAUCGAUAGGACAGUUGGAUCCUCCUUCGGUGGAAGGCGACGAAAGGCCACGAGCAUAAUUCUAUCCCACCAAGAACAUUACUUUUCAAUCAAAUAUUUUGAGUUCAAAAUAUGGAACAUGGCCAGAUUAGUUCCCAGAUUGGUUUUUAAGACUACGUUUAAUGUCGAAARGWGCUAUCGAGUCAGUUUUAAAUUGUUCGCUUGUUAUAUCUAUGUGU